AUGAAAGCCCUCCAACUCACUCGUCCUUCGACAAACGCCCCUCCAGAAUUGAAAACGGCAGAUCUGCCCAUCCCACAGCUGAAGCCCGGCUAUGCACUCGUUCAAGUUCACCAUGCUUCCAUCCAACCAUCCGACAGACUCAAUGCCCAGGGUGGUUUCCCAGAUACAACGUUCCCACGUAUUAUCGGACGCGACUACUCCGGCACUGUGAUUGAUAUCAUGAACGACAACGUAGAUUCAAAGUCAUGGAUCGGUAAACACGUCUACGGAACCAGCGGGUUAAAUCUCGGUUUCAAUAUGGACGGUACACACGCCCAGUACUGCCUGAUUCCGGAAAAUGCGCUUGUCGAAAAGCCAUCUCAACUGUCGUCGAUCCAAGCUGCAACUGUUGGAGUCCUGUUCACUACAGCAAUGAUCUGUUUGCAGCGCGCACAAGUGAAGGCAGACGACGUUAUUCUCGUGCUUGGCUCGAGCGGCGCCGUAGGGUCUACAGCCGUGCAGAUGGCCAAGGCAAUGGGGUGCAAAAAGGUCUUGACGGCUGCACGUCGUGGAAAUCCGAAGCCCGACGUGUCUCUGGGAGCGGAUGCUUCCAUUGAAGAGACUAUCUCGACCUUAACUGAUGGGAAGGGUGUGGACGUUGUGAUCGACACUGUUGGGGAUUUGACAUUGAUGGCCACCCUCGUGGAGCAGUUGGCUCCCCAGGGACGCUAUACAUGGAUCACAGCUCCUAGGGGAGAUGCUAGCAAGGAUUUGGCAUUUGAUGUGUUCAAGGCAUAUCGCAAGGAGAUUUCACUUGUAGGGUGCAAUUCUGUUGCUCGUACAAUUGAACAAACUGCGGAAUACCUGCGUUCAAUGAACGGAUGGAUCGAGGAGGGUCUUUUGAAGGCGCAGAAUGAAGCCCAGUUCGAGGUAGUGAAGAUCGAAGAUGCCAUUAUUUCUGGGUAUGGUAAACCCUCACAGAAGGCGGUUAUCGAAAUGUCGUGA